CCCCCUUCUCUCUCUUGCCCGAGGUAGUUUUCUGCCUCCCGCUCGGGGAAGGCAGUGAGGCGGCGGCGGUCGGGAGCCCGCCAGGGUGGUGCUGUGUGGUCUGGUGGCUGACGGCCAUGCCUGCCCCCGAGGCAGCAUGAAGGGUGGGAGGCACGCGUACGCCAGCACGCCUUGUCUGGGCUGGUUCCUCUCCAAGUGCUGCUGUUGCUUUCCGGCGUGUAAAGACUCUUACUCGGCUUCUUCGAAUGAAAAUGGUGGGAAGUCAGAAUCAGUGGCCAACUUGCAGCCCCAGUCCUCUCUCAAUUCUAUCCAGAGUUCCCCAGGGCCAAAACGCUCAACCAACACGUUGAAAAAAUGGCUAACAAGCCCUGUACGCCGACUGAAUAGUGGGAAGGCAGAAAGUAACAUCAAAAAGCAGAAGAAAGUGCGGGAAGGGAGGAAGAGCUUUGAUCUGGGAUCUCCCAAGCCUGGAGACGAAACCACACCUCAAGGAGACAGUGCAGAUGAGAAGAGCAAGAAGGGUUGGGGCGAAGAUGAGCCAGAUGAAGAGUCUCAUACCCCGCUCCCUCCUCCCAUGAAGAUUUUUGAUAAUGAUCCCACGCAAGAUGAAAUGUCCUCCUCUUUGCUAGCUGCUCGACAGAGCACCUCUGAUGUCCCAACCGCUGCGGAUCUUGUCAGUGCAAUAGAAAAACUGGUCAAAAGCAAGCUGACAUUAGAAGGAGGCUCCUACCGAGGGAGCUUAAAAGAUACCACGGGAUGCUUAAAUGAAAAUGUGAUGCCUUCAACUCCUCCUUCAAGAAACCUCGAAGAAGAACAAAAAGCCAAAGCUAUGAGAGGCAGGAUGUUUGUUUUAAAUGAACUGGUUCAGACGGAGAAAGACUACGUCAAGGACUUAGGAAUUGUGGUGGAGGGCUUCAUGAAAAGAAUAGAAGAAAAAGGUGUUCCUGAAGACAUGAAAGGGAAAGACAAGAUUGUGUUUGGAAAUAUUCACCAAAUCUAUGACUGGCACAAAGAUUUUUUUCUUGCUGAACUUGAAAAGUGCCUUCAGGAGCAUGACCGUUUAGCACAGCUGUUCAUCAAACACGAGAGGCGAUUACACAUGUAUGUGGUGUACUGUCAAAACAAACCAAAAUCUGAAUAUAUAGUAGCAGAAUGUGGUCCAUAUUUUGAGGAGGUGCAACAAGAAAUAAACCAGCGCUUAACUCUCAGUGACUUUCUAAUCAAACCCAUUCAAAGAAUUACCAAGUAUCAGCUACUACUCAAGGACUUUUUAAAAUAUAGUGAAAAAGCUGGGCUGGAGUGUUCAGAGAUAGAGAAAGCUGUGGAGCUGAUGUGCCUUGUUCCUAAGCGCUGCAAUGACAUGAUGAACCUGGGCCGUCUUCAAGGCUUUGAGGGCAAGCUGGCAGCACAAGGAAAGUUACUGCAGCAGGAUACGUUCUAUGUGACAGAGCAGGAUUCUGGAGGGCUGUCUCGGCCAAAAGAGCGCAGAGUUUUCCUCUUUGAACAAAUAGUUAUCUUUAGUGAACUCCUUCGGAAAGGCUCUCUGACUCCGGGGUAUCUAUUUAAGCGAAACAUAAAGAUGACCUACCUAAUCCUGGAGGAGAACGUGGAUAAUGACCCUUGCAAGUUUGCUCUAAUGAGUAGGGAAACAUCAGAACGACUCAUCUUACAAGCUGCCAAUCCAGAAAUCCAACAAGCUUGGGUACAGGAUAUUAAUCAAGUGUUGGACACACAGAGGGACUUCUUAAAUGCACUACAAUCUCCUAUAGAGUACCAGCGCAAAGAAAGCAGCAGCUCAGCUGUAAUGAGACCCCAGGCCAGCAAGGUACCUCAGCCUAUCACCAGACCCUAUUCCUCAGGUCCAGUAGGAUCUGAGAAACCUUUGAAGGCUACCAUGCGUAACCCAUCUCUUCCACCUCUGAAGAUAUCUACCUCCAAUGGCAGCACAGGGCAUGAGCAGCACCAGCCUGGGGACAAAUAUGAACAAGGCAAGAACGACUUGGGUGGGUGCAAUGGGACCUCGUCUAUGGUGGUCAUUAAAGAUUACUAUGCACUCAAGGAGAAUGAAAUCUGUGUCAACCAGGGUGAGGUGGUCCAAGUCCUUGCCAUUAACCAGCAGAACAUGUUCCUUGUAUACCAGCCUGCCAAUGACCAUUCACCAGCAGCAGAAGGAUGGAUCCCAGGGAAUAUCUUGGCUCCCCUCACAAAAUCAACUACAGAUAAUAGCGACGGAAGCAUAAAGAAGUCAUGUUCAUGGCAUACCCUGCGCAUGAGAAAGCGGGCGGACAAGGAAAGCAGUGGCAAAGCUGAAGCCAAUGGCCUACGUAAACCCAAGGAUAUUCUGGGCAACAAAGUCUCUGUUAAAGAGACAAACAGUUCAGAGGAGUCAGAGUGUGAUGACCUUGACCCCAACACUAGCAUGGAGAUCAUCAACCCAAAUUUCAUCCAGGAAGUUGCUCCAGAGUUCCUUGUGCCUUUAGUGGAUCUCACCUGCUUGCUUGGAGACACGGUCAUGUUACAGUGCAAGGUCUGUGGACGGCCUAAACCGACCAUAACCUGGAAAGGUCCGGAUCAAAACAUUCUUGAUAACAACAGUACUGCUGCAUAUACAUUUUCUUCCUGCGACUCGGGUGAAAUUACUCUGAAGAUCUGUAAUGUAAUGCCUCAAGACAGUGGCAUUUACACCUGUGUGGCAGCUAACGAACUCGGGUCUGCUUCCACCUCAGCAACAAUCAAAGUGCAAGGGGUCCCUGCAGCCCCCAAUCGGCCUAUUGCUCAGGAAAGAAGCUGCACUUCAGUCAUCCUUCGGUGGCUGCCUCCAUCUAGUACAGGAAACUGCACUAUUUCAGGUUACACAGUGGAAUUCAGAGAAGAAGGCUCACAGGUCUGGCAGCAGUCCGUGGCUUCCACUUUGGACACCUACCUCGUUAUCGAAGACCUCACACCAGGCCGCCAGUAUCAGUUCCGAGUCAGUGCCAGCAAUCCAUGGGGCAUCAGCCUACCCAGUGAGGCCUCUGAAUUUGUGAAACUGCCAGAAUAUGACUCUGCAGCUGAUGGAGCCACCAUUGCCUGGAAAGAAAAUUUUGAUUUUGCAUAUACAGAACUGAAUGAAAUUGGAAGGGGACGCUUUGCUGUUGUGAAGAAGUGCAUCCAUAAGGCCACCAGGAAAGAUGUUGCUGUGAAGUUCAUUAGCAAAAAAAUGAAGAAGAAGGAGCAGGCAGCGCAUGAGGCAGCCAUAUUGCAACAUCUGCAACACCCUCAAUAUAUUACAAUUCAUGACACUUAUGAAUCUCCUUCUUCCUAUAUCUUAGUUUUAGAAUUGAUGGACGAUGGCCGUCUCUUGGACUAUCUUAUGAACCAUGAUGAAUUAAUGGAGGAAAAAGUGGCAUUUUACAUAAGGGACACAAUGGAGGCCUUACAGUAUCUUCACAAUUGUCGAGUUGCUCAUUUGGAUAUAAAGCCAGAAAAUUUACUUAUUGACUUGCGGAUCCCGGUGCCUCGUGUGAAGUUAAUAGACCUGGAAGAUGCUGUUCAAAUCACAGGCCAUUAUCACAUCCACCAUCUCCUUGGGAACCCUGAGUUUGCUGCUCCAGAAGUUCUUCUGGGAGCUCCUGUCUCGCUGGGCACAGAUAUCUGGAGCCUAGGAGUGCUUACCUAUGUCAUGCUGAGUGGGGUUUCUCCCUUUCUGGACGAAAGCAGGGAGGAGACAUGCAUCAAUGUGUGUCGUGUGGAUUUCAGCUUCCCUGAUGAAUACUUUUGUGAUGUAAGCCAUGCUGCCAGAGACUUCAUCUCUGUAAUCCUUCAAGAGGACUCCAGGAGGAGACCGACAGCAGCCACUUGCCUGCAGCACCCUUGGCUGCAGUUUCACAAUGGCAGCUAUUCCAAGAUCCCACUGGAUACCUCACGCCUCGCCAGUUUCCUUGAACGGCGCAAGCACCAGUUUGAUGUGCGUCCAAUUCCUAAUGUUAAGAGUUUCAUAAUGAGUAGGAUGAACCCAGGAACAUAAUGCAAUAGAAAUCCUUUCUUUGACUUGGCACUGAAGUGCUAUAGCGCAUGAAAGGAUAGAAAGCAGAAUAUUUCUCUCUCAUACUGCCUGUAUAAAGAGCAUUAUAUACGAUGUGAUGUCCAAGGAAGUACAAGUACUAUUCCAGCAGUUACAUUAUCUAACAAGCUAGAAUUAGCAAGAUAUGCAACUUCUUGGGUGGCUUAUUCUUCUAAUGAUGAAGUCACAUUAAAUUCAGGUGAAUGAUUUUUUUAAAAAAUGGCAGCUGAAAAUGGGAUCCAAACAUAGUUGCCUUAGUUUUGAAAGGGAGUCCACUCAACAUUCUCGUUAGUAAAUACUGAAGUAAUGCACCUGAAAGACGGUAGGCUUUCAAAUGCUAGAUUGACCCUCCAUGGCCUAAAGUUUCCUCAAAAACAAACUGCACCAGAUGGAUUUCAGGUCUUGUUGAAACGACAGUUUUCCAAGCCAUAUCGAGAAAACAAUUCCAUCUUAGAAGGCAAACUGCUACUCAUUUUCAGUAUGAAUUAGCGCUGUGGUAAGACUGCUGUUGGAUCCGCCUUAGGCUCACCUGUGCCUGCUAUAAGACUUAAAUAUGCUGUAACAAUCAAAAGCAUAGUAUACCUUUGCUGAUAAGCCUUUUCUGGAUUCUACAGCAUUGUCAUGUUCUAAUUUAAUACACCAUAAACUAAGUAGCACUAUGCUACUGCUGGAAUGGGGAAUUUACUGAACAAUAACAACAAAUACUUAGAU